CUCAGAGGAUGCCUGGCACAUAAUAGUAGGCAGUCAACAAGUAUUACGUCAGUGAAUGAAUGAAACAAUAAAUAUUAGGCACAGAUCGGGGGGCUGCUAUCUUCAGAGUCCUCCUGUGUUCGUCAUUUUUCUUGGUGGUCUCUGGCACCACGCUUAAGGGAGAAAGAUUAAAGAGGGGUGGCUAAUGCUAGCAACAAACGAUUCUCAGAUGGUUUAGUUUCUACCAGAUAGGCUCGUUUAACCCGAACGCAGAAGCUCCGCUUUUAGCGCAUUUAUUCGCACUACGAGUACAGCAAGCAGCCCAAUUUCUGCUUCAGGCAACAUUAACUUCGCAGUAAUCUAGUUACCAGAUUUCGCGGGAGAAACCUAAAGAAGUAGGAACUUUCAUGCGCAAACUUUACAGCUCCGGCACGCAUGCGCUUCGCCGAGGAGAAAGUGGUUACUACGGCUGCGCGAACCGGUGGCCCGGCCCUUCCCCGUCACAUGUCGGGGGACCGCGGCGUGGCGGCGGCUGUGGCGGUAGCGACGGCAGGCCGUAGGGCGAUCGGAGGGUUUCCGGUUCCGGUGUAACGUUCGGGCUCCGUCUCAGGGGCUGAAGUUUGUGAGGAGAAAAGAUGUCUUAAAACAUCUUGAAAGAUUGACUCCCAGAGACCCUGAUUUAUAGCACUGCUGGAAGGAAGUUUGCUUGGAAAUUGAGGUGCAGUACUGAAUCCAUUUGAGCUACGCUCCCUUUCCUGAAGAAUGGCACUGUCUAAGAGGGAGCUGGAUGAGCUGAAACCAUGGAUAGAGAAGACAGUGAAGAGGGUGCUGGGCUUCUCAGAGCCCACAGUGGUCACAGCAGCACUGAACUGUGUGGGGAAGGGCAUGGACAAGAAGAAGGCAGCUGAUCAUCUGAAACCUUUUCUUGAUGAUUCUACUCUCCGAUUUGUGGACAAACUGUUUGAGGCUGUGGAGGAAGGCCGAAGCUCUAGACAUUCCAAGUCUAGCAGUGACAGGAGCAGAAAAAGAGAGCUGAAGGAAGUGUUUGGUGAUGACUCUGAGAUCUCCAAGGAAUCAUCAGGAGUAAAGAAGCGACGGAUACCCCGUUUUGAGGAGGUGGAAGAAGAGCCUGAAGUGAUCCCUGGGCCUCCCUCAGAGAGUCCUGGUAUGCUAACUAAGCUCCAGAUCAAACAGAUGAUGGAGGCAGCUACACGGCAAAUCGAGGAAAGGAAAAAACAGCUGAGCUUCAUCAGCCCCCCCACUCCUCAGCCAAAGACUCCUUCUUCCUCCCAACCAGAGCGGCUUCCAAUUGGCAACACUAUUCAGCCCUCCCAGGCUGCCACUUUCAUGAAUGAUGCCAUUGAGAAGGCAAGGAAGGCAGCUGAACUACAAGCCCGCAUCCAAGCCCAGCUGGCACUGAAGCCAGGGCUCAUUGGCAAUGCCAACAUGGUGGGCCUGGCCAAUCUCCAUGCCAUGGGCAUUGCUCCCCCGAAGGUGGAGUUAAAAGAUCAAACUAAACCUACACCACUGAUUCUCGAUGAGCAAGGUCGCACUGUAGAUGCAACAGGCAAGGAGAUUGAGCUGACACACCGCAUGCCUACUCUGAAGGCCAAUAUUCGUGCUGUGAAAAGGGAACAAUUUAAACAACAGCUAAAAGAAAAGCCAUCAGAAGACAUGGAGUCUAAUACCUUUUUUGACCCCCGAGUCUCAAUUGCCCCUUCCCAGCGCCAGAGACGCACUUUCAAAUUCCAUGACAAGGGCAAAUUUGAGAAGAUUGCCCAACGAUUACGGACAAAGGCUCAACUGGAGAAGCUGCAGGCAGAGAUCUCACAGGCAGCUCGAAAAACAGGCAUCCAUACUUCAACUAGGCUGGCCCUCAUUGCUCCUAAAAAAGAGUUAAAGGAAGGAGAUAUCCCUGAAAUUGAGUGGUGGGACUCUUACAUCAUCCCCAGUGGCUUUGACCUUACAGAGGAAAAUCCCAAGAGGGAAGAUUAUUUUGGAAUCACAAAUCUUGUUGAACAUCCAGCCCAACUCAACCCCCCAGUUGACAAUGACACACCAGUUACUCUGGGGGUAUAUCUUACCAAGAAGGAACAGAAGAAACUCCGAAGGCAAACAAGGAGGGAAGCACAGAAGGAACUACAAGAGAAAGUCAGGCUGGGCCUGAUGCCUCCUCCAGAACCCAAAGUGAGAAUUUCAAAUUUGAUGCGAGUAUUAGGAACAGAAGCUGUUCAAGACCCCACGAAGGUAGAAGCCCAUGUCAGAGCUCAGAUGGCAAAAAGACAGAAAGCGCAUGAAGAAGCCAACGCUGCCCGAAAACUUACAGCAGAACAGAGAAAGGUCAAGAAAAUUAAAAAGCUUAAAGAAGACAUUUCACAGGGGGUACACAUAUCUGUAUAUAGAGUUCGAAAUUUGAGCAACCCAGCCAAGAAGUUCAAGAUUGAGGCCAAUGCUGGGCAACUGUACCUGACAGGGGUGGUGGUACUGCACAAGGAUGUCAACGUGGUAGUAGUGGAAGGGGGCCCCAAGGCCCAGAAGAAGUUUAAGCGUCUUAUGCUGCAUCGGAUAAAAUGGGAUGAACAGACAUCUAACACAAAGGGAGAUGAUGAUGAGGAAUCUGAUGAGGAAGCUGUGAAGAAAACCAACAAAUGUGUACUAGUCUGGGAGGGUACAGCCAAAGACCGGAGCUUUGGGGAGAUGAAGUUCAAACAGUGCCCUACAGAGAACAUGGCUCGAGAGCACUUCAAAAAGCAUGGGGCUGAACACUACUGGGACCUUGCGCUGAGUGAAUCUGUGUUGGAGUCCACCGACUGA